AUGAACGAGGAUGAGAAUAAGGGAAUUGUAUUUCAGAUCGGUUAUGAACUACCAUCCCAACAACGUGUCAGCAUGCAGAUCGCCAAUUUGAGACUUCAUGCGUGGGGUGUUUUCAGUAAUGUUUAUCGAGGAACCCUGGUAUCACCUGGCACGGAACAAGAGAUUGCGAUUAAAAAGACGUGGCCGAAAACUCCCGAACGCAACUUUGAGCUCCUUUUCCUGUCGGGAAUCCGAAGAAAACCACACAAAAAUAUAGUUCAGAUGCUAUUCGCAUUUUCGAAGACAACGACCAGUGGACAGGGACACGAGUUGACGAAAGCGUUCUGCGAGUCGUAUGUCUUUGGAUUCAUGCCAUUCACACUCCAGAACAUUCUCAAGAAAACACGUCUUGGAGAAAUCGAAAUGAAGGUUUACACGUGGCAACUGUUCGAAGGGAUACGGUAUUUGCAGAUGCACAUGAUAGUCCACCGUGACAUCAAACCAGUCAACCUGCUAAUCGAUAUCGACAAGGGAAUUCUGAAGAUUGCGGAUUUCGGAAGUGCGAAAAUAGUGCAACAUGGAAGUCUAUCGACGUCAUAUCAAGUCACUCGAUUCUAUAGACCGCCCGAAUUGCUUCUGGAGUCAAAAGAGUACUAUUGGAUGGUUGAUGUGUGGAGUGCCGGAUGCUGUGUUGGGGAAAUGAUGAAGGGAAAAGUAUUAUUUCCCGGCGGAUCGAGAGAUAUGAUGCUCAAAUUGAUUGCUCAGGCUAUCGGACUGCCCUCAUCGAGAGAUCAUGAUUAUAUGAAAGUGGCGAAGGUUAUCGAUCCGAUUUCUGAUGUGAAAGUUAUCGGAUUUAAGGAGGUCCUCGGAAACGUCAGCGAUGAAUGGGCAAACUUCCUCGGAGAGAUCCUCCGAUAUCGGCCCCGUGAGAGACUUCACGGCCCUAAACUUUUGGCUCACUCGUUUUUUGACCAGAUUUUUACACCAAAAUGUGCACUUUCCAAUGGACUCCUGGUCUCCCAAGUUAUCACACCGGAGGAUUAUAAGACAGCGCAGAGAAAUGACUCAUCACUGGGAAAACAAUAUGCGGCGACAGUUCUACGGAAUGAGGUGAAAUUCACGUUGAAGGACACUCAAGAGACCACUACUCCGGUCUUGACUGCAAUUCCUAAGGAUCCGAAAGAUUUGAAAGAGUCAAAAGAAUCAAAAGAGACGCUUCCGAAAUUACCGAGUAAUGCAAGCACCACAAAUCUGGCAUCCCCGACUGCAGUGAUGUCAUUGAAGAGAACUUUGAAUGCUUAG